AUGGCAGCUCUGAACCUUUCAGCGCUGGCCAAGAAGACGCUCGACGUCUCUCGCGGCUUCACCUACACCUACUACACUUCGCCCGCUCGCAACUCCAAGGUUACCCUCCUCCUCUUUCAUGGCUGGCCUGACACGGCGCGUCUCUGGGCCGGCCUCAUCAACAACUACCUCGUCCCAAAUGGCUACGGCGUCGUGGCACUAGAUAAUCUCGGCUUCGGUGAUACCUCGAAGCCCACCGACCCAGAAGACUACGCAUGGCACCGUCUUGCAGCCGACGCUGUCGGGAUUCUCGACGCGGAGGGCUUAACCAAAGUCAUCUCCCUCGGCCAUGACUGGGGCUGUCUCAUCGCUCAGCGGCUAUACAACUUUCACCCCGAUCGCAUCUGCGGUCUCGUCACGUUGAACGUCCCUUACAUGCCGCCCACUGGCCACUUUGAUCUCGAAACAGUCAACGAGAUGACGAGAAAGGUAUUUGGUGUCGGCAUCUUUGAGUACUGGCACUUUUUUCUCGCCGAGGACUCGGUAGACCUCAUGAAUCAGAACCUCGAGUCUGUAUAUAGCGUCACCUUCGGCGACCCGCAAACCUGGCUUGAGAACUGGUGCACGCCCGGCAAGAUGCGUGACUUCAUCACCCAAGACCGCACGCAGCCAACAUUACCCUUCGCCACAUCGGAACACAGAGCUGACUUCAUAGAGCGCUACGGCAGAGACGGCGGGUUUGCUGCACCAAGGUGUGUUUACACUGUGACGGGCUCUGGGAUCCAGGACAAGUCAGAGAGGAUGUUGAGUGAGGAGGCGAAGACAAUUCGGGUGCCGGUGCUCUAUUGGGGCGGGGAGCAGGACUAUGUGUGCAGGCCUGAGUUGCUUCAGCAGAGCAUAGCUGCUGGCGUGCUGCCGGAUGUCAAGAGUAUCACGAGGGAAGGCGGCCAUUGGGCUCUUCUUGAGAAGCCGGUUGUGUUUGGAGAGGAUGUGUUGGGAUGGUUGCACGAGACUUUUAACUCUUGA